UUCAUAUUUGUGAGACAUUUGAUUAAUCCAAAAUGGUAGCCCCCAUCUUAGUUGGCAUGCGUUGUUUUGAAAUAUGAUGCAAUAUACUUGUAAUGAUUUCUUGUAAACAAAAGGGCUUUGUUAGAGCUAGAUCUAUAUCUAAUAUGUUAUUGUUGAAAAUGUCAUUUAAGUUUUAAGUCUAUAUCUAAAUCUAGACAAAUAUAGUCCACAGACUUAGACUACCUUUUAGGUGAUCAUACCAUUCAAAUUGACCAAAAAAUAUCUACUCUAGAUUUACUUGCAAACUUGCAUUAUUUAUAAUAAUUAAUAGUCUAUAGAGUAAAAUGUAGUUGCAUUCAUCAUUCAUUUAUGUAGAGAUCUAGACUUUUUUUUAAAAUCUAAAAUUGAAUGCUAAAUGUUUUAAAUGGGAAAUUUAAUAGAAUACAAAAGAAAAUGAAACAGGGGAGAUAAUUAAAAAUUUUGAAUCUAUGACACAAUACUACAAUAGAUUCUCUUUAAAAAGAUCUGUUAGUGACCUAUGUAAAAACUAUGUUUCUUUAUUCCUGAAUGCCAUUUUUAAUAUAUAUUUUUCAACAUCUUGUUUAAUUGUUACAUUUUAAUUUUAUUAAGCUACAUCAACACAUUUGUGUACUGUGACUGGUUUAUGCACCAUAUUGUUCAAAAAUCUUUCCAUAUAAAUUUUUUGUCACCAUAUAUUAACAUAUAUCUCCAUGUACAAAAUUUGUAGAAAAUGAAAAAAAUUGUUUUUAAUAUUCUCAACACAAAAAGCAAAAGUUUGAUUUUUUCUAGACCAAAAAAGUAUUAUGCAUCAUUACAUAAUGUCAGCAAAUGUAUUUUUCUAUUUCCCAAUACACCUCUUAGUUAUAUCAGAUUUCCAAAAGACUUGAAAAUAUUUAAGAAGUUGAGCGAUUUUAAAAUAAAAUCAAUCACCGGUGGAUUCCAACGCAGACCAGAACUUUUAAUCAACAGUUCCAAAACUCAUCUAAAUAAGUGUGUGACUAGUAACUCAACCUGCACUGGACACAUCAGUAAAAGAAAGCUUAUACAAAAUCAGCGAAUUCAACAUGAACUCAUCUCAAUGGCCUUAAAAUUAAGUAAUGAUAUUGUUAAGUGUAAUUCAUCACAGGUAGAUUUCAAUAGUCCAGCAAAUGUAAAUUUACUUCCUCUGAUGGUUUUAGACGUAGGAUGUGGUGACGGCAUGAGCAUGAUGCCUCUCCUUAACUUAGGGCACCAUUGUGUUGGUGUAGAUAUAAAGCUGCAGUCUCUUGUUGGUUUUAAAAAUGAUCUUGAUGAUAAGGAGUGUCUCCUUAAUAUACAAAACAAUGUUUCUCUGUGGUCUCAAACAAUGACUAUUAAUGCCAACUCUAAAUUAAUUGGUAAUGAAAAAGAUAAACUAAAUAUGUGCAACAGUUCAAUGUUUGACCUUGUCAGGUGGGAUUUAAGGUAUGGACUACCCUUUAAAGAAAACAGUUUUGACCUAGUGAUCAGUGUUUCAUUUCUUCAGUGGCUGUUUUAUGGAUCAUGGCAAAAACAAUUAGAGUCUUUCUUUGGUUCCUUAAGAAACGUUGUGGCCCCUGAAGGCAAGAUUGUAAUACAGUUUUAUCCAGCUUCAGUUAACCAAGUAGAAAAUACUAUAGACAUUGCCAUGAAAUAUUUCAAAGGCGUUCUUGUUGGGGAUUACCCACAUAUAGAUAGAGGAAGAAAGCUUUUUCUAAUACUAUUCUAACAAUACAUUUUUAUAUGAAUAAUUAA